AUGUCGAGUCAUCCUCAUCCGCCAUCUAAAGAAGCCGAGACUGAGCGCCGACAUCGUGCAGGCCUCUGCUUCUACUGCGGCCAGACGGGUCAUGGAUUCAAGUCGUGUCCCAGCCGAUUGGAGCUGCUUGCGAAGACAGCCGAGCAUAGACGGGUCCUCGAGCUCAAGGAAUAUGAUGAAGGCCCAAAUCGCGAGCCAGUAGGGAAGCGUGUUAGGUUCGACACUACGGACUCGAGCAAUCAGCGGCACGAUAGCGUGGUGGAUGAGAACGACCUCCUGCACCACUACAAUCUCCUGCAGCACGAACCCGACGACGUUCUAGCCACUUCCACAGCUGUGAUCAGGAAGAAGCCACUUCUCAAGCGGCAAGCCCUCGCACAGUAUCUCCCAGGCUUCUCCUAUCCCGGCGGACCCGGGCGGCUAGUCCAUGGCACGAAGAUGGCACUCCGGGAGCUCAGACUCGCCGUCACACUCGAGAUGGAUUGCCUGGUGUCAGCUUUGGAGACUUCCACGAAGCAUCUUGCCGCCAAAGCUGAAUUCCCAACAAAUUUCCUUGCCCGUGUCCGGAAUCUCCACAUCAACGAGGACACUACGACCUUGUCACCGUUGGAGUGCGAUAGAGUGAUGCUGUUCGAUUUCAGGCAAGUAAUGGCGGUUUUGAAGGCAGCUGGCAGGUGCAUGGUCACCGUCGGCAACUUCGAGACUUUUGUGUAUCGACUCGGGAUCGUUACUUGCUCCGGAAGUGGACCAUCAACGAUGCGCCGAGCGCAGGUCAUCGAAGAAGAGACUACCGAGUGUCUGAAAUCGUUUCGCAAGCGCACGAUCUGGUUGUAUACGCGGGUUGACGAGUAUGGCGAUGAGGUGAGGGUGUCUUGGUUCGGGUUCAAGCAGAAUUGCGGAGGGUAUCGAUCGUGA